AUGAAUGUGGAAUGUCCCGCUGAUGGUGGCCAGAGCAUUUUGUCCAAAGGUCACGGAAGCUCGUCGCAAACAAUGAAGAAUGAGAAAGACGAGCGCCGACGUCAGAACAUGAAGUCUCAGCUGAAUGGUUAUAAGGGUCCUGACAACGGCACGCUAAAUCUCCUGACGGACAAAGCCAUGGGAUGGUCCCAGGAGCCGUUACGCUUCUGGGACUGGGUCCACUCGGCAGCUAUCGUGCCACGGGACGGCAAUCAGCUGGCACUUGUGGUCAAGGGCUUCAUGGAAAGCGCCAAGUUGAGGCCUACCACGAAAAGUCACGGUUGUUAG